AGUCUACAAGUUAUCGUUCGCGGAUAACGAAAAUUGUCGCUCGACAUUAGCGUUACCUAGAACCUACUUAUAAGUAUAACUUUUCUUGAACACCGUACUUAAUCAGGCUGGAGGCGUGUGGAAAAACGUUUAGAACUGCUACAGCCCGAGCAACAAGAAUCAGAUCGAACGAGCUUUCAAUAAAAUCGUGAAGAACGUAAAUUUUGAAUUCAACAACGAUUGGUUUGAUUUAUUCUAUUAUUUUCACGAAGCCCGAAAUACAUCAUAUCUUAUAAUCAUGGCAGAAAUAGUAGGAGUUUAUCGUCACGAACGUAGCGAGAAUUUUGACGAAUACUUCAAAGCUGUUGGCGUGCCCUACAUCGGUAGAAAAAUGAUGGCCAUGAGUAAUCCACGUCUGGAAAUUGAGCAAAACGGAGAAAAAUGGACCAUCCGAAACGUGUCUGCGAUGCGAACUAACGAGCUAACCUUCACCCCCGGGACUGAAUACGAGGAAUCGAUGCCAUCCGGAGAUGUAGUCAAGAAUGUAACAGAUGUGGUGGACGGCCGGCUAGUUACGAAUUCGAUCAGUCCAAACGGUUCCAGAAUGACACGGACAUACGAGUUCACCCCCGAAGGUGCUAUUUUGACUAUGACACAUGAGGCAAGCGGACAAGUGGCCAAGAGAUUCUACAAACGUGUGGUCGCUACGUAAAUGGUGGUCGGCUGACAGUGAAAUUUUUUUUUGAUAAUAAUGUCACAUUCCUAUUGAGACUACGAACGGUUGGCGUAUAACUAAUCUUAAUUUCUUUACUUUGGAUUUAUUCCUAAGUAAAUAAACUCUAUAUUUGUAAAUUUA